GAGCCAGCAGCUACCGGGGCGGGUAGCAGAUGUGAUCCGGUCCGGGUGUUCCGGCCGCCCGGUCCUCUCCACUGAACUCCAACCCCCGCGCUCUCUAUCAGCAUCUCAUUCUGUCUCAAUAUGUCUCAAGAUGGCGGCCAAUGCAGGAUCGAUGUUUCAAUAUUGGAAGCGCUUUGACUUACAACAACUACAGAAAGAACUAGACGUCACCGCCACACAGCUUGCCAACAGACAGGACGAGAGCGAACAGUCCAGGAAGAAGCUCAUCGACCUGAGCCGCGAGUUCAAGAAGAACACUCCAGAGGAUUUACGGAAACAGGUUGCCCCUUUGCUUAAGAGCUUCCAAGGAGAGAUCGAUGCCUUGAGUAAGAGGAGUAAAGAAGCAGAGGCCGCCUUCUUGAACGUGUACAAAAAAAUAAUCGAUGUCCCAGAUCCUGUACCUGUGUUGGAGCUGGCUCAGCAGCUGCAGCUGAAGCUCCAGAGGAUGCACGACAUUGAGACAGAGAACACCAAACUUCGAGAGACACUGGAGGACUACAACAAAGAGUUUGCAGAGGUUAAAAACCAAGAGGUGACCAUUAAGGCCUUGAAGGAGAAGAUUCGUGAGUACGAGCAGUCUCUGAAGAAUCAAGCCGAGAACCUGGCCCAAGAGAAGCAGCUCCAGCUACACAACGACUAUGCAGAGAAAGAGAGGAAACUCCAGGAGAGCCAGGACUCCAUGUCCUCAAGGUUGGAGGAGGCCGAACAGAAGGCCCGGUCCCUACAGACAGCACUUGAAACAACUCAGGCCGAGCUCUUUGAUUUGAAGACAAAGUAUGACGAGGAAUCCACAGCAAAGGCCGAUGAGAUUGAGAUCUUGAUGACAGACCUGGAAAGAGCCAAUCAGCGAGCAGAAGCAGCUCAGAGAGAGGCAGAGUCACUUAGAGAGCAGCUGUCCUUGAGCAACCAAUCCCAGCAGCUCAGCAGCCCGGCCAAGGCCGACCCAAACACGGAACAGUCGGAAGAGGUGGCAUCUCACUCAAAUCUGGAGGCGGAGCUCAGGGCCAAAGAAAGGGAGACCGCCCAGCUGGUGGAAGAUGUGCAGAGACUGCAGGCCAGCCUGACCAAACUCAGAGAGACCACCAGCUCUCAGAUCACACAGUUGGAACAGCAGCUUAGCAGCAAAUCUGAAGUUCUUAAGGAACUGGAGGAAAAGCUGCAAAAGCAAGCUGACUAUGAGGAGGUGAAGAAGGAGUUAAGUAUCCUCAAGACUAUGGAGUUUGGAGCAUCUGACUCGGUGCAGGACUCAUCCAAACCCCUGGAAGUGCUGUUACUGGAGAGGAACCGAAGUCUUCAAUCGGAGAGCGCCGCUUCGCGCAUCGCCAACACUGAGCUGAGUGGCCGUUACUCUGAGCUUCAGGUGGAGUUUGCAGCUGCAGUGCGUACCAGCGCGGAGCAGAAGGAGCUGAUCCUGAAGCUGGAGCAUGACCUGAGCACCAUCCAGGCCAUGUCCUCCGUGCCACGCCCCGAUGCAGACGGGUCAGAGGUCAGCAACAUGGGGAACAUCCCUGAGCCAAUCAAAGAGGCCACUGCAACCUUCAUCGGUUCAGGUGUGAGCUCCCAGCCUGAGCUUCCUCAGGGCCAGAUGGACUCGCUGCUCUCCAUCAUCUCCAGCCAAAGGGAGAGGUUCCGCUCCCGCAACCAGGAGCUGGAAGCUGAAAAUCGCUCCAUGCAGCAGACCAUGCAGGCCCUGCAGAAUGAACUGGACAGCCUGAGAGCAGACAACAUCAAACUCUAUGAGAAAAUCAAAUUUCUGCAGAGCUACCCGGGCAGAGCUGGAGGUAGCGACGACACUGUGAUGCGUUACUCCUCCCAGUACGAGGAGAGACUGGAUCCAUUUGCUUCCUUCAGCAAGAGGGAGCGUCAGCGCCGAUACCUGAGCCUCAGCCCCUGGGAUAAAGCGACUCUGAGCCUGGGACGUGUGAUUCUCUCCAACAAGAUGGCCAGGACCAUUGCUUUCUUCUACACUCUGUUCCUGCACUGUUUGGUCUUCUUGGUGCUGUAUAAGACCGCUUGGAGCGAGAGCAUUGGCAGAGACUGCUCAGCUUUCUGUGCUAAAAAGUACGCUGAUCACCUCCACCGUUUCCACGAGAACGACCCAAACCUUUAAGCGGACCCACAGUGACAUCACAACACUGCUCAGACACGGAGCCUAGUGCGACGCUGAGCAGCAUGUUUACCUGUUAAUGCUCCUUUUAUUCUUCCUGCAGUAGUUAAAUGUACCACUAGAGGGCAGUUUAUGGCUGUGAACCAUAAAUUAAAGGGUUGAUUGAUUAAAGUUACUUGAUCUUUGAUAAGUUGCAGUUAAAAUACAAAACUAUAACCUGAUGUUUGUUGUUAGAUUCGUAGAGAACGCAAUACUGAAAGGCAAUCAUUAAUAGGAUAUAAAACAUGUGCUGCUUUAAAGGAGGUUUAUUGAAGUUCUGUUUACCUUUCUGUACCAAAGGGACCAUGGUAUUUCCUUUUUUUUUUUUUUUUUUCUGAUUAUAACUAGAACCGAUGAUAGGUUAAGGGUGGUGUGCUUAACAUUAUAUUUAUGUUUGAUUGGAGGGUGUACUGUAAAAGCACCGCUUUUUUUUCUGAGGUUAUUUUUGAGCAGGUCAUGGUGAUGGAACAACACAUACAGCAGUUAAUAAGAUUUUUUUUUUUUUUCCAUUCCUUUUGCUCUACUUUAAAAUUGAUUGGUAAAUACAAGUUUUAAUAUUAUUGUUAGUUGCUAUUAAGGGUCAGUUUUCUCCUCUGCUGAACGAUGCAGUAAAUGGUUACUGAGUCUGUGAUCCUAAUACUCAACAUUAUUGUGCAUGCUUACCUGCUUACUUCUCCCUUUCAUUGCAGAUCUAUUCCAAAUAAAGACUAUGCAGUAA